AUGAGGCUUCUUCUCAGCGCCGUGAUCCUGCUGGGCUGCCUGCGGAGCAGCCGGUCCCAGGGAGGAGAGGGCAGGGAGCGCAGAGGCAGAGCAGAGGCACUGGGCUGGACAAACUCACUGCUGGAGCUGCAGCGAGGGGCUCCGGGGGGAGCGGACGGGCUCCGGGGCCGGGCCCCCAGGUCUGUGGAGGAGUGCAGGUUGCAGACCCUGCUGCUGCAGGUUCGAGAGCUGGGCCUGGGAUACGACUCGGAGGAGACGGUCCUGUUCAAGUACUGCACUGGGGGCUGCCCUCGCACCCGCACCAACCACGACCUCGCCCUGUCUGCGCUGCUGCAGCGCCGCGCCAUCCACGCCCAUCACAGCGCCCCUUGCUGCCGGCCCACGCGCCACGAGGACGUGGCCUUCCUCGACUCUGCAUACCAGUGGCACAAAGUGGAGCAGCUGUCUGCCGCAGAGUGUGGCUGCGUGGGCUAA